GCAUAACAAAAAAUCGGCUCGAAUGGAACGGUUCGUGUUCGCAGCGCACUCGUAAAACCGAAGCGUCCGACUUUUCUGCCAGUGUGUGUUUUAAAUUCAUAAAAAUCGUUUUUUUAAAACCGGAAAAUAGCGCUAUAACCAAGUUUUUCAUAAUCACAAGGUUCGAAGGUUCGAAAGUGCCAAAAAUAAGUGCAACUCAAGCUUAAAAGUUUUUAAAACAUUAAAAGUGAACAAGCAGUGAUAUUGGUUUUAGAUAACCAACAAUAUUUCCCGAAAAAGUUGUUACAAUAUAAGGACAAACGUGUUCUGAUAAAAAAAGCUUUUAUUUAUAAUAAUCAACAUAAUAUUAAAAGAAAUCUGUACUAAUGAUAAGUGGAAUGCACCACAACCAAUAAUUACUAAACUAAAAGCAAAAGCUACAGAAUAUGUGCAAGCCGAGUGAAAGUGUCAAAGAAAGCAUCUAAAAAUAAAAAGCCCAAAUUCCCUCUGGAGCACCACGACCUCCCGAUCCUCCGUCAUGAGCUCUUUCCUCAUGGGUUAUCCGCAUGCCCCCCAUCAUGUCCAGAGUCCCAUGUCCAUGGGCAAUAGCCUGGACCCAAAGUUCCCGCCGGUGGCCGAUGACUAUCAUCACUACAACGGCCACUACUCGAUGACCGCUUCCACGGGUCACAUGAGCGGUGCCGUCGGCGGCGGGGCAGGGACAGGUGUUGGGUCGGUGGGUGGCGGUGGAGCAGGCGGGAUGUCGGGACAUCCGCACGCCAUGCAUCCGGCGGACAUGGUCAGCGACUAUAUGGCGCACCACCACAAUCCGCACAGCCACUCUCAUUCGCACACCCACUCGCUGCCGCACCACCAUAGCAAUAGUGCGUUAUCCGGACACCACCAGCCAUCCGCCGGCGGGUAUAGCUCCAAUUACGCCACCGCCACUCCGCCCUCACAUCCGCACUCGCAUCCGCACGCACAUCCGCACCAGAGCCUCGGCUACUACGUGCACCACGCCCCCGAGUUCAUAUCCGCGGGGGCGGUGCACUCCGAUCCCACGAACGGGUACGGUCCGGCGGUAAACGUCCCAAAUUCGAGCAAUGGCAGCGGCGCAGGAAGCGGAGGAGUGGUCGGAGGUGGAGCAGUGGGUGGAUCGGCCAAUGGAUAUUACGGCGGAUACGGCGGGGGCUAUGGGGCGGCCAACGGGAGCGUCGGCAGCACCCACUCCCAAGGACACUCGCCGCACUCCCAAAUGAUGGAUCUGCCCCUGCAGUGCAGCUCCACGGAACCACCGACGAACACGGCACUGGGGCUGCAGGAAUUAGGCUUAAAACUAGAGAAACGCAUUGAAGAAGCUGUACCUGCUGGACAACAACUGCAAGAGCUGGGGAUGCGAUUGCGCUGUGAUGAUAUGGGAUCCGAAAACGACGACAUGUCGGAGGAGGAUCGGCUCAUGCUGGAUCGGUCUCCAGACGAACUGGGCUCCAACGACAACGACGAUGAUCUCGGGGACUCAGACAGCGAAGAUGAUCUGAUGGCGGAGACGACCGAUGGCGAACGGAUCAUCUACCCAUGGAUGAAGAAGAUCCAUGUGGCGGGAGUGGCAAACGGGUCCUAUCAGCCGGGAAUGGAGCCGAAACGCCAACGCACCGCCUACACACGCCACCAGAUCCUGGAGCUGGAGAAGGAGUUCCACUACAACCGCUACCUGACGCGUCGGCGGCGCAUCGAGAUCGCCCAUACGCUGGUCCUGUCGGAGCGGCAGAUCAAGAUCUGGUUCCAGAACAGGCGCAUGAAGUGGAAGAAGGACAACAAGCUGCCCAACACCAAGAACGUGCGCAAGAAGACGGUGGACGCCAACGGCAACCCAACACCGGUAGCCAAGAAGCCCUCCAAGCGGGCCGCCUCCAAGAAGCAGCAGCAGCAGGCGCAGCAGCAGCAGGCGCAGCAGCAGCAGCCGCAACAGCAGCAAUCGCAGCAGACUCCGGUGAUGAAUGAGUGCAUUCGUUCGGAUAGUUUGGAGAGUAUCGGUGAUGUCAGCUCGUCCCUGGGCAACCCGCCCUAUAUACCGGCGGCACCUGAGACGGCCAACUCGUAUGCGGGAUCUCAGCAGCACCACAGCAACAGCAACAACAAUGGCAGCGGCAAUAACAAUAACAACAACAGCAACCUCAACAACAAUAACAAUCAACUGGGUCACACGAACCUGCACGGACACCAUCAACAGCAGCAAUCCGAUCUCAUGACCAAUCUUCAGCUACACAUCAAACAGGAUUACGAUCUGACGGCCCUGUAGAAUUAGCAGGGAGAUCUUCAAGAUGACUUCAGCAUUGUAAAUUAGCUAUCCCUAUCAUUCUUUGUAGUUUUGUUUUUCAUUUCGAAUCAAUAACCUUGUACUCGAGGCAAGGUUAAAGACAAAUCGGAGUAUACAGUGAACGUAGUUAGUUAAGGACCGACCAUUAGGUAGACGACCCACAUUUUAUAAAGUUGUAACACCGAUUCCCCACAAAUGUUGUAUAUGAGUUUUACUUAAGCACCCUAGGAUUCAGGUUUAAGAGUUUGUAUAAAGCCUAGAACGAUUUGUCAUAGCUAUUAAGUGGCAUACACUUAGCACUAGAAUUGAUUAUUUGUAUGAUUAUGGUAAUUAUAAAUAUUAUUAACGAAUGUAGUUGGCAUCUGUUGUGCGUAUCUAGAUGUAUGUAAGUUCGUACUUAUUUUAUUGAUACAAAUAAAACAGAAAACUGAAAAAUAUAUCAAAAUAAAGAGAAUAUAUUGUAUAUGGAAAUGA